UUGUUGUAAUGAUAUUUAAAUUUAUUAUUCCUUAUAUUUUAUCAUCUUAGACAUUCUAAAAAUAAAUGACAAAUACGGCCAGUAGUUACUGAACGGAUGUUUAUUAAAUUAUUCAUUAAUCUUCACGCAUUCUGAAGGUUUCCAUCUACGGGCCAAGUGGCGAUAGGACAAAGAUUUUGAUUGGUAGAUUGGCAUUGCGUCAUGCAUUCCUAUUGGCUUAUGGUGGCACAUAUAAUUCCCUGGAAAGGUAUGACGUAAUAGUCUUGGAUCUUUAAUUGUUCAGUCGUUAUAACAAAGCUUUGUUGUAUUUUAACUUAUUUAGUCAUUUCUUUUAAAGUCAACUGGCAACAUGUGUUCGUUGAAUGGUGAAUCAUCCCUCCCUCAUAUUAUCGAUAAGGAACUAGUCUGAAAUGCGGAGCGUUAUACACAUGUGUACUGCGGUCAUGCUGAACCAACGUCCCCGCGAUCAUAUGGGAGGCAGAAAGUAACACAACAUUACCGUAAACACAGACCCACGGUCGCAGAGAGUAGAUCAGAACAUAACCUCAUCUUCAAGUCAGGCACAGUAGUAUGCGCAUUGAUAUUCUACCAUAGAGGUUAGGAUGUGCUAGGGUUCUGAGUGAACACACUGGAAGGGAGCACACUGAUGGCUGCCGUCCGGAAGGGUGACACACAAACCGUUUUGGCACUCUUAGAGCUGGAGCUUCCCCAGCCACCCAGGACUAAGCAGGUGGCAUUCUCCAGUCUGUGUGAACGGCUGAUGUUGACCAAUCAGAGGACGUCGAGUCUAUACACUCUCAAGUUCUUCAAUGUCACUGCGUACUACGUAGUCUAUGUCAAGGAGCUGAUCAAACGGUAGGACUGGAGUAUGUACAUCAACAUCGCCCGCACGUCGAGCGUCCGCCACCUGGCCUUGUCCGCCCCCGAGAUCGUGCUGGAGUGGACCAAGGCCAUCACCUUCAUCAUCACCGUGAUGUUCAUGCUCCUCGUCUUCGGCCUGGAAAGGAGGCUCAAGAACGACACCCCGACGACCGCUUACCUGGUCUUCACCGAAUUGUACAGGAGGUUCGACUACUUCGAGAGCCUGGAGAGCUUCUACAUGCCAGCGCUCAUCCUCUUUCUGCAGCUCUCCUUGUCGGUGUUCAAGACGGGGCUCUUAGUGUUCACCGGGAACCUCAGACUCGUUUUCCUGUCGACUUUCACGAAUAUCAGAAUCAAGUAUCGAGAACUUCAGGAGGGUUACAUCGCCACGCACUCGGAGCUGGCGAACCAAGACGACGUGUGUGCCAUCUGCCUGACGCCGAUGACCUGCGCGCACAUCACGCCCUGCCAACACUUCCUCCCUGCUGACUGCUUGCGGCGAUGUAUCAAAUGAAGCAAUAGUUGUCCCUUUUGUCAGUACCAUUUUUUAUAAUCCCACGAUACUCUAUUCUCGCUUCGAAGUUGUUAAUUUCCGAUACCUUUCUUGUCUUUCUCUGCUCUAUACUUCUGUUUAUAGGGUUCCUGUUUUCAUGAGACGACAUGUGAUAACUAGAUGUAUAGAAAAAUGUCCUUGAAAGGAGGAUAUCGAUGUGCGGAUAUAUGAAAAUACAUAUCUAGAUCAAAGAUGUGUAUUAUUUCUAUA